ACCCACCUGAUAGAGAUGAGGAUGGUGAAAAAUUAGAUGCUACAGGUUCAAUGGUUAAAUAUUAUAAAGUUCCUGUUGCUGGCAAUUUGGCAAGAAAAAUACAGAAUAAUAUAACUUCUGAAGAAAUUCUUGUAGAUCCAAAAAAAUUAAAUGAUCCAGAAUUGAAAGAUUAUUUUCAAAUUUUAGCUAAAUAUUAUGGAGAAAUUAAUUCAAAACAACCUAUAAUUAAUAAUUUAUUUAAUAAAUUAAAAAAAGAAAUUGAAGAUACUCAAAGACCUAAUGCUAUAAAAUUGAUUGAUAGUAGAGAUUUAAAUCAAAGAAUAAACAAUUUAAAAUUAUCCCCAAAUUUAAUUAGUGAUUUACAAAAAAUAAGAAUAUCAAAAUUAGAUAAAUUACGUGUUGAACAAUAUAGUUAUUAUAUUGAUUUAAAAGAUAAAACAGAAAAAAUUACAACUUUAAAUAAUUUAUUCAAUACUAUUAAUGAUGAUAAAGUUUUAACAACAUUGCAAAUUUCAAUUUUAUUAAAAAGCAUAACUGAUAAAAUUUUUAAAAUUAAUCAAAAACAAGAAUAUGAUUCGAUCAAAAAUAGAAUAGAUAAAGAAAAAGAUUCUACACGAUUAAAAACUAUUUGGAAAGAUACUAUUGAUGAAGCUAAAUAUCUUGAUAAUAAACAAAAAGCUAAAUUACAUAAACUUAGAAAUAAUCAAAAAUAA